AUGAACACUCACCAACCUACUUACGGAUCCGACCCGGCUUCCCCCAACACCACCUACGUCCAAGCCGACCCAUCAAGCUUCCGGGCCGUCGUCCAGAAGCUCACCGGAGCAACGGAGGACCCCUCAGCCCAGAAGCUCCCUCUGACCCUCCCCGCACGCUACACCAACCCCAAACCCGCCGCCGAAGUGGGGCCCCGACGGCCCGCCUUCAAGCUCCACGAGAGGAGACAAAGCACCAAGAAGCUCGAGCUCCACCUCACUACCUCCACAACAGUACUACACCCUUCGUCAUCAUCGUCGUGUGGACCCCAGCAGCUGGCUCGGCCGGUGAUGAUGUCACCAGUUUCUCCGUUUGAGUUUCUGGCACGUGGGAGCCCCAGGACGCCGGUGUCGCCGUGCGAGGUGGUGGACGAGGAAGAGGCGGAGCGAGCCAUUAUCGCAGAGAAAGGGUUCUAUAUGCACCAACCAAGUCCGCUAAGUACACCGCGAGGGCCUGAUCAUCACCCACCUGAGCUUUUGCCUUUGUUUCCUUUGCAUUCUCCUCGAGACAUCACUCAGACUCAUCAACCCUCCACCUCUAUUUCUUAA